AUGCCACUUCCUGUGGAUAAAGCAAGCCAGUUGUCAGAUGAUGCUGAAGGCAGAAUCCUGGAAGGAUCUUCACUGGAGGAUUCAUCGCCCAACGUGCCUGUCAGGAGCCGACUUUCUCACACACUUGACCUCUGCGGUUACAGGGCUAAGGCACUGGCACUGCACAAAGUGCUGAGGGACCUGACAGCGCUCUCGGCCCUAGCAGACAGACACAGACUCCGGAGAGACCUGCAGGGCAGGAGGAAGUUCUUGACCGCGUUUCCUCCCUUGAGAGCAGAGGUGGGAGAGCACAUCAGGCAUCUCCACGCCCUGGCUGAGGACACUGAGGGGGUGCACAGGGGCUGCACCCUCUCCAAUGUCGUGGCCGACUCCUUCAGCACUGCCUCUGACAUCCUGGGCCUCCUGGGUCUGUUUCUGGCACCAGUGACAGCGGAGGGCAGUCUGAUGCUCUCCUCUCUUGGCCUGGGGCUGGGAGUGGCAGCUACUGUGACUAAUGCUGCCACCUCCAUCGUGGAGGGAACAGGCAGGUUUGGGGAUGAAGUUGAAGCCGGUCACCAGGCCUCACCUGGCCUGGAUGUGUUGGAAGCUGGAACUGCCGUGGGGAGGAUUGCCAGCAAGUUCCCUCAGGCUACCAGAGAUAUCACCAGAGACCUUGACGCCCUUCAGCAGCACAUGGAUGCCCUCAGGCUGGUUAGAGCCAACCCUGGCUUAGAAGAAGAUGCCAGGAUCCUUGCCACCACCGGAAGGAUCCCUGCCCAACGAGCUAGAAGGGUGCAGGGCACCUUGAAAGGGACCCCUCUAGUGAUGAGCAAUGAAGCCCAGAUCAGGAGUGCCACCACAGCAGGUGUGUCUCUCCUGAAAGAUGUUGACAGCCUUGUGAAAAAGUCAAAGCAUUUGCAGGAAGGGGCACAGUCAGAGUCGGCUGAAGCUCUCAGGAAGCUGGCUGAGGAGCUGGAGGAGGAGUUAGGGAAGCUCCACAAAUUCUACAAGACACUCUGGUCAGGCCCCGUCCCCCAAGACAAGCUGGGGUCAGCACGGAGCUGGGGACAUUCAAGACACUGUUAG